CGUAUACGCUGGUAAUAAAAUGGAGACUUCAUGUCAAUUGAAUUCUUAAUUCUAUAUAAGGACCAAGCUCCGCACUCUCUUAUCAUUGCCCUCUUACUCUUCUUACAUACACAAAAUUAAGAAACAGAGAGAGAGAGAUAGAGAGAGAGAAUGGCGACUCUCAGAGUACCAGAUGUGGUUCCUUCUGCAGUGGAAGAUGCUGAACAACUCCGCAAAGCUUUUGAAGGAUGGGGGACAAAUGAGGGGUUGAUCAUUUCGAUAUUGACACACAGGAAUGCAGCUCAGAGAAAAUUAAUUCAGCAGGCAUAUGCAGAAACUUAUGGAGAAGAGCUUCUUAAGUCACUGGACAAAGAGCUCUCAAGUGAAUUUGAGAGGGCUGUGCUGCUGUGGACACUGGUCCCUGCUGAGCGUGAUGCAUUUUUGGCUAAUGAAGCUACAAAGAGGUUCACUUCAAGCAACAAAGUGCUCUUGGAAAUAGCUACUACUAGGUCUUCCCAUGACCUGUUGCUGGUCAAGCAGGCGUAUCAUGCGCGUUUCAAGAAAUCCCUUGAAGAAGAUGUGGCAUACCAUACAUCUGGAGACUUGCGCAAGCUUUUGGUUCCUCUUUUGAGCACCUACCGAUAUGAGGGAGAUGAGAUCAGCGUGCCCUUGGCAAAGAAAGAGGCUAAGAUACUUCAUGAGAAAAUCUCAGACAAAGCCUACAAUGAUGAGGAGCUCAUCAGGAUCCUCUCUACCAGGAGUAAAGCACAGCUGAAUGCAACCUUUAAUCACUACAACAAUGAGUUUGGCAAUGCCAUUAACAAGGAUUUGAAGGCUGAUAAAGAUGAUGAGUUCCUCCUGUUACUGAGGCAAACAAUCAAAAGCUUGACCGUCCCUGAAAAAUACUUUGAGAAGGUUCUGCGCCUGGCUAUCAACAAGCUCGGGACGGACGAAGGGGCUCUUACUAGGGUUGUCACCACCCGGGCGGAGUUUGACUUGCAUCGCAUUAAACAAGAAUAUCAUCGCAGGAACAGUGUUCCUUUGGACCAGGCAAUUGUCAAAGACACUUCUGGAGACUAUGAGAAGUUUCUUGUGGAACUGGUUGGACAUGGAGAUGCUUGAAUCCCACAAUGUUUUCUUCCAUGAGUUGUUAUCUUUCCUUCAUUGGAUGCGUCUUCUUUUUUUAUGGUUUUGUGUGGACUUUGUUCAAUAAAUCUUGCUAGUGCGGUGAGUAAAGAUUAUGGAUGGACUUAUUUUAUAUAAUUUAUGUGCAUCUUCUUUUGUAUUUUUGCUAAAGGAGUUGUGUUUUGUGUUCAAUUAUACAUAUAU